AUGUCAUUCAUCCCCCGUCUAAGACGCCCAUUGAGCAAUGAUACAUCAUCAAAAUUAAAAGAUAAGGUUCGGUUUACUGGGACUCUCAGUGACGAAGAGAAAAGAAGAAGAAAAGCUGAUGCGUAUGAUUACCUCAGAUCAAGAUCAAUGAAUGAGUCUGAUUCUGAAGAUACAAUCACCAACCGACUUCGGUCGUCUAAUUCACCAAGACAUCAGCUCAGAUCUAUUCUUAAACCGUCUUCGACUCGACGAACUUAUGAAUUGAUGGGCGAGUCACCGAUUAGACACAUAUCGCAUCCUGAUAGACUAGGCAGUGAGCGAGUUUUAGAAAGCGUUAGAAGAGAAGCCAGCAAAAGAUCUCCGUUGACAAGAAGGAUAGACUCAAACUACCGAAUCAAGAAAGUGGAGCAUCAUGGAUUGUUAAAUUCAUUGUCGAAUGUUGGAUCCAAACUACUUAGUUCGGUAUUGUUUAAUGAAAAGGGUGAAGACGAGAAGCUCCACAAUACAAGUACACGACUAACAAGAUGGAACAGAGAAGAAUUGGGGAAAAUGAAAGAAAAUGAAGAUCUUGAGAGAAGCAUUAGAGAAAAGAAAAUAGCCCUCGACAGAUUGAAUAGAGAUUUAGAAUCUAGGAGUUUAGAGAGACUAGGGCCAAACAGUUUGGAGCAAAAGGUCGAAGGCAUAGAGAAAAAAAAACAGGAUCUUAGGCAAGAUGAUGGUGAUGAAAGGGUUAUGGGAGAAUUGGCAAGCAUUCGAGAAGACUUAUUGAAUAUGCGUAAAAGAGAAGAGAGUAGUAGGCUUAAAUUUGAAAGUAAGAUGGAAGAGUUAGAGAUGGAGGCGGAAAUUAAUGAGAAACACUAUAAAAGGAUGGUUAAAGAACUAGAAGAGAAAAGAAGGGAGGUUGAUAAGCAAAAGGAUGAGUUGAUAAAAGAAUUAAGGAAAAUGAAGAAGAGAAGAAGAGAAAAAUAUGAAGGAGAAUCUGAAGAGAGUGACAGUGAUGAUGAUAGAGAGACUAAGAGGAGACGAGUUCGAGUUGGCACGGAUCUUCGAGAGAAGCUGGAAAGGAUGACAAGAAAGAUGAAGAGUAUGGAGAGAGAGGUGAGCAGGAAUGAACAGAUGGCAAAGAGGACGGAGGAGAUGGUCAAGACAAACGAGUCUUGA